CAAGUCUCGACAUUGCGUGGCAACAUUGUCAUGCCCACGGCGACCGUUGCCGAGAAGGAUGCAGCGCUCUUUGCAGAAGAAGAAUCACGCCAUAUCCACGCAGAAAAGGAGAUAGAAGAGCUGCGCAUCCUCGACGGAUAUCUUUUUGUCCCCCCGUCGCUACGCCAUGACUUCAAACACGUAGCAACAAACUCACGUCGCGACGUGACCGCGGCGCGGUACGCGCGCAGUGCGCGGCUCUUCUAUCACAACAACCAGCACCUUCGCGGAACCUUGUAUCCAGCCGAUGUCGAAACUAUGAUUGGCGCCAGGGUGUACUACGAACGAGCUCUAGUGAAACUUGCCGACGUUGAAGCGUCAGCAGGGUCGAAAACACUGCUACAGCUCCAGCGCCAGGUUGUGUCGCUUGUGCAGCAAUGUCUCAAGAGUGGUCAAUGCGACAUCUACAUUGGUCUUGUCCAGCCCAAACGAAGUCACCUUCUCUACACUGCUAGCUCCUCAAACAGCGGCAUGCUUGGCAAGUCGUUGCUCUCCACAGAAGGCGUGAGUUUCCAUAGUGUCGUGAAUCAAGAAGUAGUGGUGUGUGAAGAUGUGGCGCACGACCCCGCCGUAAAGUGCUUCAGUGAGCAUUGUUGCGGUCCGUUUGCUUGCUUCCCGCUUGUCGGACGAGGGAGCCGUCGUGGCCGCGAAAUCGGCAAUACUAUUUCAAAAACCAGCAACUAUCAGCUUGCCACCACUUCAAAAUCCAACGACGCAUCGACCAAAGACGCUUCCAGCAUUUCUGAAACGAUCGGCGUGCUCGCUGUUGACGCCACGCGGUUGGCGUGGAAGCAUUCCCCAGCCGCCAUGACAAUAGCGCAAGUCGGGGAGUUCUUGACAGCUUACGGUGCCGCCGAUUGUGUCGCAGCGUUUCAUAAGCACCGUAUCGAUGGCCGCAAGCUCCUCACACUGACCGACGUCGACGUUGAGUUUACGCUGGGCGUGUACCGCGUCGCCAGCCGCAGCAAAGUGCUCGAGCUCGUUGGGGCGCUGCGGGAUGGGGUGCCCCUGCAUCUGCCCACCCCACCGACGUGGUUUACCCAAGAGCCGCCGUCGAUGGCGUUCUUGGAAGAGGUUGCGGCCCGCGCUGGGAAGGUGUUUUACCGCGCCCAGCUCCGCGACUGGCAUCGAAAGUUAGCCACCACAACAGUUGACGGUCUGUGCACGCAAUACAACGUCUACAACACAGCUAUUCAGGCGAUCCUGCACUGCAUUCUGAUGGUGGACUCGGUGACAAUUUGGCGGCUCGAGGGACAUCGCCAGUUCCCGCCCGCACAUCAAGUCCAUGUCCUCGCCGCGUGCGACACCCCGCUCGAUCGCCUCGCGCCGUUCGUCAACUCGUACGACAAAGGGAUCAAGCGCAUGCAGCUCUACAAAGAGCACGGCGGCGGACGCCCAUCCAUGUUGCGCGCCAACAUCACGCGGAUCGGCACGCACAACGCCAAUGCAGCCCAUCUCCCCGCAGAUCCAUUCAUGGUUACCUGGUCCGACCAGUCCACUGAAGACCUCUCGUGGACCGACCUCCAGCAACUGCUUCCGAUCCGCCCCCUCAAUACCCAACACCAUCAGCUCCAGAAGCUGAUCGCCCACGUCGAGAUGCAGACGGAUGUUGUCAUGACCGUCGACGGCGGGGCAUCCAAGUGGCUGCGAACGUUCAAGGACAACGAUGACAGGUUCACGUACGUGCUGGACAUGACAUUUCAGCCGUCUUCGCCGUCGCCGAGGGACUGCGCGGGUUCCUUUGUGUCCCAGAUGAUUCUCCCAACUAUGGAGGAAGCGUUGGUGUGUGUGCGCGGGCGCCAACGCCGGUCCGCCGCCCGCGCCAAGUCUAUGAAAGUCAUGCGGAAGGCCAUCGCCCAAUUGAGCAUGUCGCCGUCCAGCGACGCGCUCCGGUCUGCCACCGACUUGGUCGCGGCGAUGGCGGCCGAAGUGGUGUCUUGCUUGCCGGGGGUCGAAAUUGGAGUCGCCGAACUGCGACCGGGUGGGACGUCGGUUGAGUUUACGUUUGGAUUCAACGGGUGCUUGCUGGCCGAACGCCGCACAGUCCUUGAACGCGGCGCUGCUCUCGCGUGCUUGAAGCAGCCACGGAUGUCCUCGAUCAUCCGUUGCUUGGAUGCCGCCGUCGGUCUCGAAUGCUUUAUCACGCCAGAUGCGGUCGAUGCUUCGCUCCCGCUCAUUCUUUUGCCCAUGGUCCAUGAGGAAUCGGCCGUGGGGGUCGUGACCGUGUAUCGGUUCACUGACGUCGAGAAAGGCCGGUCAGAUGAAACCCACCCAGAGUGCGGCGUCAUAGCCUUCCUCGAAUGCACCGCGAAAUGCAUCGCGGCCGUCCUGCGUAUCAAACGCCGCGCGCACGCACUGUACGAGUUGGAAGCCAUGGCGCGCAACGCAUUCAUGUCUCCACUCGAGCUGUACGUGGCCACGAUGCGCACGAUGGUGUCGUGCUUUGUGGGCCUCCACAAGCCCAAAUUCGUCCAGUACGACAAGCCGUCGGCGCAUGCAGCGGCCGUCUUGGACUGCGCCGCAUUCGAGUGGAAUAUGGUCGACGUGCAAUACGUCGACGCCCUUCGCGAUGUCCGGCGUCGAGAAACUCGCCUCGAGACGUUCCAGCAAUACUUUCGCUUGGACGACUCGACCAUGCGCUACAUCGAGGCCAGGUUGGGGGCGCCGCCGUCCCCGCCGGUCGUGUCUGGGCACCUCGCCACGCUCUCCGACACUGUCCACCCCGUCGUCAUCGACCGCAAACUCCACACGUCCAUUGACGCCGCGUUUAAAAUCGUGUUUGGCAACCAAGUGUAUGUUCAAGCAUGGGUGCCAGCGCUGUGCACAAGCACGACGUUCGUCGCGCUUACGUACACCACCACCACCGACUGGGUUUGCAAGUCGGACGACCGGUUCUUGGAGACCCUCGCGCACUCUCUGAGCCGCGUCCUGACUACAGUUCAAGGCAGGUACGAUCGCGUGCGGGGCCGCGUUGCCGCGCUCUCGGUAUUCCAAGGACAGUGCCGCGACGUGCAACCGGUCGACUUGGUAAUGCCGACCGUCGACACCGAACUCGACGCAGAAAUUCGUCCAGACGUCCAGCGAUGGGCCGUCGAUUCGAUUGCCGCGACGCUGACGGGGUCGAAUGUAUACAUUGGCAUGGUCGAGCCGUCGAGAAAGCGCAUCACGUACACUUGUGCAUCUCGAGCGAGCUGCAUGGUCGGCAAGCACUUGAACAUGGGCAAAGGGGUGAGUUUUCAAUGCCUGGCAUCGCAAAUGCCCCUCGUGCUCGACGGGUCCAACAACCAGCUCGAUCAAGGCGCCGACGCCGAUGCCGCCCGGUGCGACCAACUGCGCCACUUCGGAGACCCGAAAGCGUUCCAGUGGCCGUUCAUUGUUGUCCCCAUUGGAACGAUCGGCGUGUUGGCGCUGGACAAUCUGGCGCAGUACGGGGAGGCCCCGGCCCCGGAAAUGGGCAUUGUCGACUACUUGGUACGCGUGGCGGGGGAGAUCGAGGUCAUGGUACAGGGGAGCCGCGCGCAAACUCGACCAUACCGCGCGACGCUUCGCGAUCGAGCCAUCCACGACAUGAUGGUCGUGUGCGACAACGGCCGCCAUUCCGAAGCGUAUGUCCUUCAGCGCGCGCUGGACAUCGUGGCCGCAACGUUCUCGGGGGUAAACGCGUACGUGGGUCUCGUGGCGCCAUGGUGUACAUCCAUGGAGUUUGCACUGGCGACGAAAGCCAGCUCCAUGCAAGGCAAGUCGAUCAACAUGACCAAAUCCGUGAGCGCCGCGUGCUACCGGAGCCAGCACCCCGUCGUGGUACCCAACGUGGCCAAGAAUCCCAACGGCCUGCAUUGCUUUGACCAGAAUCAAGCCGGCGUGUACGUAGCGGUCCCGAUUCCGUACGUGGGUGUCCUCGCCGUCGAUUCGUUUCCAGGAACGGCGGGCGGCAAGUACAUGAACAACGUGCCCGAGCCGGGGGUCGUUGCGUGCUUGUCGUCGUUGGCGGAAUCGGUCGGCGCGCAUAUUCAGGCCAAACGCCUGUGGGGGCUCGCGCAGGGCAUCAAACGCCUCUUUGUUGGCAACGCAUCCACGUUUGCAGUCUUGUUCCAAGCGGUGGCCAACUUGCUCGCGUUCGCCAUGCCCGCAGCCAUCCGCAUCGACGUCUGGUACGCCUACCACAACCACCCGCCGGAACUCAAGUUCUCGAGAGCCAGCGAUGUGCACGCCACUCCCCUCGAAGCCACACACUCGUGGGCGAACGUCUACCCGGAUGCGCCCGUCGUGGGCACGGCCCCCCUGGACCUGAACGAAUCGACCCUCGUGUGUCCGUUUGAGAUGGUCGAUCCGGCGCAUCCAUACACCCAAACCCAUGCAUGGAUCGUAGUCACGCGCCUCCCGUCCGUGAAUUGGUCGUACGACCUUCACGUGCUUGCGACCGUGCAGCCGCUGUUAACGGAAUGCUUUCACUUGUCCAGCCAGCGCGCGGCGGCGGCAGUGACGCGUGCCGAAUGCCUCGAUCGGAUGCGCAUGGGGCUCGAGGAACUCGUCCAGACUCCGACCGACGUUGUCGUGGAGCACCUCCGACCGACGCAACGCACGUGGCUGAAUUGGAUGGCGACUGCGCUGGGUCGCGGCACGGACGUGUACUUAGGCGAGCUACAGGCCAACUACCAUCCUUUCCGCGGCGACUACAAUGACGUGCUCGAGUUCACGGCGGCGUCGGCCGGUAGUCUCAUGCAGGGCGUGCGGCUGUCGGACGAAAAUCUAUUCAGUUUUCAAUGCAUCCGCACGCAAGACUCCGUCGUGAUCAACCACCUGACCGACAAGACUCGCGCCGUCCACUUUUGCACGAAGCGCAAAGCUAUUCGAGCGUAUUGCGCCGUCCCCGUCGCCACACUGGGCAUGCUUGGCGCCGACAGCUUUGGCAAUACCGCGUUUAACGUGAAGAACGAAGUCGAGCGCGCGACGUUGCAAUUUCUCGAGCAAUGUGCCGCGUGCCAUGUCGACCUGAUCGAGACAACGCGCAUGUUGGUCGGCGUCGCACAGAUUCACGCAUCGGCAACCGCCAUGCCGUCCAAGAUGCCCCCGUGGCACGCCCUCAAGUGCCUCUACGCCCACCUCCUCCACGUUAUCCAGACGAGUGUCGGGUAUGUCCAUUGCCAGCAAAUCGUGCGGCUCGCCAGCGACUUUACUGGUGACUGCACCAUCCUAUGCUGGCACAAAGCGCCAACACGCCGGCCCAUGCAGCACCUUCCCAUCCACUAUUGCUACCGCCACCGGUGUGUCCCCGAUCUCGUCAAGCAUCACGUCCACCUGGACGACUUGACGCUGCCCAUGUCGAAUAUUCCAAAAACGCUAGAUCACGCACGGAGUCUAGGCGCCCCCACCACGGGAUUGGAGCCUCGUGGGGCGCUUCCCUGCUUUGCUGGCAUGCUUGAUGGCCACUUCGCUGCGCCGUGCGUCGCGUACUGCUUCUACCGCAAACCAGGCCGGCCAUUUGCUCCGCGGGACGUCCGGUUCCUGAACGCCGUCAUGCAUGUGGCGCAAGCGGCGUAUGUAAACAUGUACAAGGCGUUGGUUGUGCACACGUUGGCCGCGGAGGCUCUUCAGUGGGCCAAAGACUUUGUCCAUGCCAAAGACGCCAUGGUGGUUGUGGCGACUCAACUCACGUCCACCACAGCCUCUCCGACGAAAGACAAGGCGGCCACCAAGAUGACGUUCACAGUCAAAGUCGCGACAAACCCAGACAAGUUCCCCGUUGGUGUCGCGAUGAAGAAGGCCCUGAAGCGGACGCACCGUUUGGCGUCGUUUGCAGCCACACUGGAUGUCCAUGCCGCCAUGGUGCCGAUUUCGACGGGGGCGGCAUUACCUCCACUGGCUGUGGAUGCAGUCGCUCCUGGUUCCAUCCACCCAGUCGUGGCCCCUUCAACCCUCACCAAUACAGCUACCAUCUCGCCCAAACCCACCGGCGGCCGGUUUACAACGUUGUUUGCUAAAAAACGGGCGGCGAAAGACGAACUAGCCCGGGUUACGUCGCCCCAUGCCGCCAUGGCAGCCGCGCACCCGGCACCAGGAAAUGGCGCAAUGCCACCGCCUUCUCAGCAUUGGGAAUGGUCCUGCCGGCUUCCAGCCAGCCAGUACUUGGUAGUGGACAUCACGACGUCCGACUCGGUCGACGUCGACCUGUUUGUAGCGGAGGGCACGGCGCUCGCCGACACGUGCCGCGUCAUUUACGACGCCUUUUGGGCAAACCCACGAGGGAACGAAUCGUUUGUCGGGUAUUUUUUGACGACGUGGUGGCAUCAAGCUCACGUGGCACUCGGGUCGGCGCGUCUUGCAAUCGAGCAGCAAGUCCGCGUGUACUUGGAUGCAGAUGUCGCCAACAAAUCGACCUGUCCAAGCAGCGUCAUCACCAUCUUGUGUGGCGCUUUGUUGUGCUGUGGAUACAAGAAAGACGAGUUUCUCGGCUCGAAGCGGGCGGCGCUGCAACUGUUCCUUGCCAAGCAAGUGGCGUCCGAGGUGCAAUCGUUGGACCCAUUCAACGUCGCAACGAAGUCCAAAGUGUGGACGGCGGCGUUUCGCAGCCGAACGUUCCUGCUGGCCCAAACCAAGUCCCCUUUGGAACUAGGCCGAGACGUGACCCCCGGGUUCCGGACGCUCCUGCACACGACACUGCUCCUCCAAGUCGUGUCCAAGUGGCUCAAGGCCGAUGCGGACAAAGAGAAAGCCGUCUGGACACCGCUAAUCCUCGCGGCGAUUCGAAUCCAAUGCCGCGCGCGGUGUCGAUUUGCUGUCGCCGAGCUGCGCCGACGAAGGCGAACGUACCGCGCGACGCUCGUGCUACAAUGCUUUGCUCGUCAAGCGCUCGCUCGGCGGCAUGUCCAGUUCCGCCGCGAAACCCGCGCGGCGAGUCGCGUCCAGCGGUGGUAUCGCAGGCGCCACGAGAAGAAGCCCGCGUUUGCCACAAAAGAAUUGUUACUGCACAUGCGUGCUGUCCAGGAGCGAUUUGGACUGAACGACCUCCAAGACACGGACGCAAUGCAGUUUGGAGAAGCUACGUUCGAGGCGUUCUUCAACCGGGGCGGGGGCAAAAGCAUGGUUCACGCGGAGGCGAAGCGUUUGCUCCACAAACUCAAGGAUCUUGCCAAGGAGCGAGCGAGUUUGCCAUGGGAGGUCCGAGUCGACGAAGACGUCCGCGACCUGUUUGAGUACUUUGACUACGCUGGCGUAGGGUGCAUUUCACGGGACGAUGCCAAAACGAUGAUCCGAAAGCUGCGCAUUCCACUCCAAGACGACGAGCUGUUCGACGUCGUGAACAUGAUGGACAGCGACAAGUCGGGGGAUGUCGACGUUGGCGAGUUCUGCAGCUGGUAUAAGUACGAGUACGCUCGAUUGCGCGCUCGGUCCAAGUUUUGCGGCAUCAUGUCGAAUGCGGACAAGGAGUGGUUUGCCCAGGGCAUGGCCAUGCGGUUCGUGCGGCAGCGGUGGACGGAGUGGCGCAACAAUGCCAAGAUUUCCGACCUCAAGCCCGCUGCUCCGGCAUCGCCCCUCCAACUCCCGAACGCACCGCUCCCUCCAUCUUCUCCUCCGCCACCACCACUGGAAGAUGACAGCGACAAACGUGAUGAUGUUUCCGAACCCGACGACGAAGAAUCGAGUGGUGAAGAUGUGUCCGAGAACGAAGCAUAAACUGAUAGUUCCUUAAUGGAUGUCCAUGUCAUCGUGGCCGUCCAGGUCGUCUUCGUCAUCAUCUUUACUCCACGCCUGGACGGGUGUACUAUGGUCGAACGAGCUCGACGUCUUCGCCUCCUUUGCCCUUUUAUAGAUUUGCUUGUCCUCCGCACGUUGGUUCGUUUUGCGUGCGGCAUGGUCCGUCUUGACGGGGCCCGACGACGGGGUUCCCAAGCUGCCGUUGUUGGACUUGACGUCGGCGGUCUUUGGUGGCGGUGGCGUGUAGAUCGGUGUCGAUGCCAUGUACUUUUCGUAUGCAACAAACUGUGAUCGGUACGUUUCGAGGGUCUUGACCCAUACCGCGGCACCAGCUUUGCUUUCGCCCUUGAGGAAGAACUUUCGACCCUUGGACUCGACUUGAAAGCAGUAGUCGUCAAAGACAACGAUGGCUGUGAUGUCGUCGAGGAAGAUCGAGCCUACAACGUAUCACAUGAUGAACAUCGCUCGUAGAUAGUGCCAACGGACUCUUCAUGAUGGGCUGGGAGUGCGACACCGAAUAUCCAAAUUCCUUCCGCUUCACAUCGACAUAGAACCAGCGCUUGUUCCAGCUACCCGUCAGGUUGAUGCCCGUCUUGCGCUUCAUCUUGUACAGGUAUCCUUCAAUCUCCGGCGGAACCGGGCACUGCGCCGCAGGCACGCUCAUGAUGCGGUGAGGUCCGUCGUGAUGUCCAA